AUGUCCGUUUCAAACGUUACCCUGGAAGAAUCUACUGUGGAGACAGCAUCAAUUGAAUCCAGCAGUAAUUUGACACCAACCAAAAGCAGAGCAUUAGUUGACACUGGCACUGGAAUAACAUCGGCCCAACAUACUGAAGUGUCCACACACUCUGAGCUCACAUAUUCUGAGGCUGUCUCAAAUGCUACCCUUGUCAAACCAACAACAACAAAAGAAUCAGUUGAAACUAACACUGCUGCCACAUCAUCCCAACAUACUGAUGUGACCACAACCCCUAGACCAACAACUGAGAUUACUGAGGCUGUCUCAAAAGUUACCGCUGUCAAACAAACAACAAUGACAGGAUCAGUUGAAACUACCACUGUUGUCAAUUCAAACCCAUAUACUGAUGUAACCAUACCCUCUGCACCAAGAACUGAGCUUACAUCUACUGAGGCUGUCUCAAAAGUUACUCAUGUUGAACCAACAAAGACAGCAGUAUCCGUUGAAACUGCGACUAGUGCCAGCUCAACCAUACAUAUUGGUGUUACCAUACCUGGAUCAACACCAAUGACAGGAUCAGUCGAAACUGGCACUUUUUUCUCUUCAACUAAACAUCCUGAUAUGACUACACAUUCUGGGUCAACAUCUAAACUUGCAUCUAUUGAGGUCAUCUCAAAAGUUACCGCUGUUGAAACAUUAAUGAUGACAGGAUCAGUUGAAAGUACCACUAGUGUCAGUUCAAGUCCAUACACUGACUCAACCUCACCCUAUGAUUCAACAACUAAAUUUGCCUCUACUGAAGCCAUCCCAAAAGUUACCUCUGUCAAACCAACAAUGACUGGAUCACUUGAAACUAGCAAUGGUGUCACCUCAACCCAACAUACUAAUGUGACCACACCCUCUGGGUCAACAACUGAGAUUGAAUCUACUGAAGCCGUCUCAAAUCUUAAAUCCAUCCAAGCAACAACACUGACAGGAUCAGUUGAAUCUAGGACUGGUGUCACCUCAAACCUACAUACUGAUUUCACUACUCCUUUUCGGUCAACAAUUGAUCUUUUAUCUUCUCAGUCUGUCUCAAAUGUUACCAUUGUAGAACCUACAAUAAUGACAGAAGCAGUUGAAUCUACCACUGGUCUCACAUCAGCCGAACAUAGUAGUGUGACCACACCUUCUGGACCAGCAACUCUGCUUACAUCUACUGAGGCUGUCUCGAAAGUUACAUCUGUCAAACCAACAAUGACUGGAUCAAUUGAAACUAGCACUGGUGUCAGCUCAACACAGCAUACUAAUGUGACUACACCCUCUGGACCAACAAUUGAUUUUACGUCUUCCGAAGGUGUCUCAGAAGUUGCCUCUAUUGAAGCAACAAUGACAGAAUCAGUUGAAACUAGCACUGGUGUCAGCUCAACCCAACGUACUGAUUUUACUACAGCCUCUGGGUCAACAACUGAAUUUACAUCAACUAAGGGUGUCUCUAAAGUUACCAUUGUAGAACCAUCAACAAUAACUGGAUCAGUUCAAACUAGCACUAGUAUCAGCUCAAGUCCACAUACUGAAGUGACCACACUCUUCGAAUCAACAACUGAGUUUGCCUCUACUCAAGCCAUCUCAAAAGUUACCUCUGUCAAACCAACAAAGACUGUAUUAAUGGAAACUAGCACUGGUGUCAGUUCGACCCAACAACCUGAUAUAACUACACCUGCUGGAUCAACAUCUGAGGUUUUCUUUAACGUUACCUCUUUUGAAGAAACAAUGACAGAAUCAGUUGAAACUAGCACUGGUGUCACCUCAAGCCCACGUGCUGAUUUGACUACACCCUCUGGAUCAACAACUGAUAUUACACCUUAUGAGGCUGUCUCAAAAGUUACUUCUGUCAAACCAACAAUGACUAGGUCAAUUGAAACUAGCACUGGUGUCAGCUCAACCCAACGCACUGAUGUGACUGCACCCUAUCAGUCAACAAUGACAGGAUUAGUUGAAACUCGGACUGGAGUCAGCUCAACCCAGCAUACUGAUGUGACUACACCCUCUGGAUCAACAAAUACCAUUGUGGAACCAUCAGUGAUGACAGAAUCAGUUGGGACUAGCACUAGUGCCAGCUUAAACCCACAUGCUACAGUGACAACACCCUAUCAGUCAACAAUGACAGGAUCCGUUGGAACUAGCACUGGAGUCAGCUCAACCCAGCAUACUGAUGUGACUACACUCUCUGGAUCAACAACUGAAUUUGCAUCUUCUGAGGCUUUCUCAAAUGUUACCUUCGUAGAACGAACAACAAUGCCAGAAUUAGGUGAAUCUACCACCAGUGUCACAUCAGCCCAACAUACUGAUAUGACUACAACCUCCAAACUAACAACUGAUCAUACACCGUCUGAAGCUGUCUCAAGUGUUACUCCUAUAGAACCAACAACAAUGACAGAAUCAGUUCAAACUAGCACUGGUGUCAGCUCAACACAGCAUACUGAUUUGACUACACGUUCAGGAUCAACAGCUGAAUUUGCAUCAACUAAGGGUGUCUCUAAAGUUACCAUUGUAGAAACAUCAACAAUAACUGGAUCAGUUGAAACUAGCACUAGUGACAGCUCAAGCCGACAUACAGAUGUGAGCACACCCUAUGAAUCAACAACUGAGUUUGCCUCUACUGAAGCCAUCUCAAAAGUUACAUCUGUCAAACCAACAAUUACUGGAUCAAUUAAAACUAGCACUGGUGUCAGCUCAAACCCGGAAUUGACUACACCCUCUGGAACAACUUCUGAAUUUACAUCAACUAAGGGUGUCUCAGAUGUUACCUUUUUAGAAACAACAACGAUGACAGAAUCAGUUGAAACUAGCACUGGUGUCAGCUCAAGCUCCUUUGCUGAUUUGACUACACCCUCUGGAUCAGAAACUGAAUUUACAUCAGCUAAUGGUGUUUCUAAAGUUACCACUGUAGAACCAUCAACAAUAACUGGAUUAGUUGAGACUAGCACUAGUAUCAGUUCAAGCCCACAUACUGAAGUGACCACAGUCUUCGAAUCAACAACUGAGUUUGUCUCUACUGAGGCUGUCUCAAAAGUUACAUCUGUCAAACCAACAAUGACUGGAUCAAUUAGAACUAGCACCGGUGUCAGUUCAUCCCACCAACCUGAUAUAACUACACCUUCUGGAUCAACAUCUGAGGUUACAACUACUGAGGUUGUCUCUAAGGUUACCUCUGUUGAAGAAACAAUGACAGGAUCAGUUGAAACUAACACUGGUGUCACCUCAAGCCCACUUGCUGAUUUGACUACACCCUCUGGAUCAACAAAUAAUCUUACAUCUUCUGAGGCUUUCUCAAAUGUUACCCAUGUAGAACACACAACAAUGAGAGAAUCAGUUGAAUCGACCACCGGUGUCACAUCAACCCAUCAUACUGAUUUGACUACACCCUCUGGAUCAACAAAUGAUCUUACAUCUUCUGAGGCUUUCUCAAAUGUUACCCUUGUAGAACACACAACAAUUAGAGAAUCAGUUGAAUCGACCACCGGUGUCACAUCAACCCAUCAUACUGAUUUGACUACACCCUCUGGAUCAACAAAUGAUCUUACAUCUUCUGAGGCUUUCUCAAAUGUUACCCUUGUAGAACACACAACAAUUAGAGAAUCAGUUGAAUCGACCACCGGUGUCACAUCAACCCAUCAUACUGAUGUGACUACAUCGUCUGGAUCAAUAACUCAUCUUACAUCUACUGAGGCAGUCCAAAAGCUUACCUCUGUUGAAGCAAAAACAGAAUCAGUUACAACUACCACUGGUGUCAGCUCAAGCCCACUUGCUGAUUUGACUGCACCCUCUGGAUCAACAACUUUAAUUACAACCUCUGAUGUUGUCUCAGUAGUUACGUUGUUGAACCAACAAUUAUGGCAGCAUCAGUUGAAACUACCACUAGUGUCACCUUAUCCAAACAAACAACAAUGA